GCGAUCAAUCAGCCCUCAAGCCAACGUGAAGCUUGCGUGCGACUGCCAAAGCACACGUGCUUGCUCGCAACUACCCGUACACUCCGCUUGCGCGCAUGCUCGCAGCGUAGCAGAGCGAAAGAAUGUCCAUUCGGGUGCUGAUCAAAGAGUACCCCCACCGUGCAAUCGCCCUCAGCACGUCCUCGCAUGCCCUCGUCCUCCGCCAUAGCUCCUCCUCGACCGAACACAAUGCGAACCCGAGUGCGUCCUCGACGUCGCUGGGAAGCAAUGGCGCCAGCGCCGCGCGCUGCAUGGUCGAGUUCUCUCGGGCAGAGGACGUGGACCUGAGCGACUACCGUGCCCUGCACUCUGUCAACGUACAUGGCACACUAGGACUGAUCACAGUGAACGGCGACAUCUUCCUAGUAGUCGUCAAUGGGGCAAGCAAAGUUGCAACAGUACGGCCGGGUGAGACAGUGCAGCGCAUACAUUCGGUGGGCUUCUACUGCCUGACCAGCUCGAGCUACGAUGCGCUCCUCAACGACGAAGUCAAUCCCUACCCGACCGACACCAUCGACGAUGAAGGCUAUGAGAUGGGCUUUGGGGGCAGGAAGGAGCAGUCGCCGCUCGAGCACCCGUGUCUGGCGCUCAAGAAGCUGCUGAGCGGUGGUACAUUUUACUACAGCUCAGACUUCGACUUGACACGGCGAUUGCAGGACCGAUCGUCUGAUGCGGCGACAGUGUCCAUCGACAGUCUGGAUGCUGGGUUUCUGUGGAACUCAUACAUGAUACAGCCGCUGGUCGACUUCCGGAGCAGGCUUGCGCCGAGAGACAAAGAUGCGCUGGAUGCGUCAGGCAUCUUGACGUCUGCUAUCCGUGGCUUUGCGCUCACGGUGACGGUUCCUAUUGCUUCGGCGCCUAUCAAGGUCCGCGGAUCGGGGCUACCGUCUUCCAUGACACUGAUCUCGAGAUUGUCCUGCAGAAGAGCUGGAACGAGGUUCAACUCCCGUGGCAUCGACGAUGAUGGCAAUGUAGCAAACUUCGUCGAGACAGAAACCGUCUAUUGGGCGCCGUCAGGGGUCUGCUUCUCGUACGUCCAGGUACGCGGUAGCGUUCCCAUUUUCUGGGAGCAACAGUCAGGUCUGCUUCCAGGCCAGCAGAAGAUCACUAUCACAAGAGGUCCGGUAGCCACCCAACCUGCAUUCGACAAGCACUUUGAGAACCUGGAGCUCGCUUACGGCGCUAUUCAUGUAGUAAAUCUACUCAGCAACGAGAAGCCGAACGAGAUAGAGCUCACCCAUAGAUAUCGAGACCACAUCAAGAACAGUCCGUUAAACUUUGGAUCCGAGAAGAGCGAUCGCGAACAUGAGCUCAUUAAGCUUACCGAGUACGACUUUCAUGCUGAAACACGAGGUCCAGGUGGCUAUGAGAUGGCUAGCAUGAUUGCAAGAUGGAUACAAGACUCGGCCGACGGGUUCGCGUACUACCUGUCAGAGGAUGUAGACGAACACAUCAGAUCGAAUGGACAGGACCACGUCGUGAGGCGCUCAACACCUAUCUUGGGUCAAGAAGGUGUAUUCAGAACGAACUGUCUUGACUGUCUUGACCGUACGAACCUCGUCAUGACGAUUAUUAGCAAGAUGGCGCUGGAGAUCUUUCUUAGCCACAAAGGUUUGCGAGCUAGUCAGGACUUCUGGGUCCGGCACUCAACCAUGUGGGCAGACAAUGGUGAUGCUUUGUCUAGGAUUUACGCGGGAACCGGCGCACUGAAGUCGUCUUUUACGAGACAUGGCAAGAUGUCAUUAGCUGGUGCGUUGGCGGACGCAAGGAAGAGUGUCACCAGAACAUACAUCAACAACUUCGCCGACAAGGGCCGGCAGAAUACCAUCGACAUGCUCCUUGGUCGGCUGAUGGGACAAGUGCCAGUCCAUCUCUACGACCCUAUCAACGACUUUGUCAUCGCGGAGCUCACAAGGCGCGCGCCCGAGUUCUCGGAUACCGAUGUGAUCAACAUACUCGUGGGCACGUUCAACCUUAACGGCAAGACAACUGGUAUCGACCAAGACCUAUCUCCAUGGCUGUGUCCAGAUGUCGAUGCUUCGCAACAGUGUCCUGAAAUCGUCGCAGUAGGCUUUCAAGAAAUUGUCGAAUUGAGUCCGCAGCAAAUCAUGUCUACAGAGCCGACAAGGCGACAGGAUUGGGAAUCCGCUGUCAAGCAUUGUCUGGACAAGAAUGCAGCGAGACACGGGAAGGAAGAAUACGUUCUGCUUCGAGGCGGUCAGCUUGUCGGCGCAAGCUUGUCCGUGUUUGUGCGCAACGACAAACUCAAGAACAUCAAGAACGUUGAGGGCAGCUUAAAGAAGACUGGCAUGUCUGGUAUGGCAGGCAACAAGGGAGCUGUCGCCAUCCGUAUGGAGUAUGCCAACACCUCGAUCUGUUUGGUCACGGCGCAUCUUGCGGCUGGGUUUGCCAACUACGAAGAGCGGAAUCGUGACUACAAAACAAUUAGCCACGGUUUGCGCUUCCAGAGGAACCGAUCAAUUGAAGAUCACGAUACGGUCAUCUGGCUGGGCGACUUCAACUACAGGAUUGGUCUCAGUAAUGACAAGGUUCAGAGGUUAUGUCAAAUGAACGACCUUGAGACCUUGUAUGACAAUGAUCAGCUCAACCUCCAGAUGGUCGCCGGCUUGACCUUCCCUUACUACUCUGAAGCCCGCAUCACAUUCCCUCCUACCUACAAGUACGACCUUGGAACAGACACUUAUGACACCUCUGAGAAAGCGCGUAUUCCCGCCUGGUGCGACCGCGUGCUUCGGAAAGGUGACAAUAUCCGGCAAAUACACUACGAUGCCGCACCUCUUCGAUUUUCGGACCACCGUCCUGUGUAUGCUACAUUCCAAGUCAUGGUCCGGAAGAUUGACGAGAAGAAGAAAGACGCUCUCAAGGAGGAGCUGUACAACUCACGAAAAGCUUUCGUCGGAGACACUAGGGCAGCGGGACACCCUGGUGAAGAUGAGUCGGAUGAUGAAGACCUGAUCGGCUAUGAGAGCGUUGAACCUGGCCUGCCACCUGCAAGUUCAGACCGGAGGAAAUGGUGGCUUGACAAUGGUCUGCCAGCUAAAGCACGCAUGCAACCGCCAUCAAACGACCACAUCCCGAACCCCAAACGACCAAGCAACCCCUUCACACCUAGCCCAGAACCCGACUGGGUCGAAAUCAACAAACUCGGAAGCAGACCAGAGCCUCCUCCCGCCCGCGGCUCCCAGCGCGCACGAACCGUCGACUUCAACAACCCAAGCAAACCGCCCUCCUCCGCAUCUAGCUCAACAACCAACCUCUCGAAUCCUACGGCACGAAAAAUGAUAGUCCCACAAUACAACGCCAGGGACCCCGACCAAGUAACCUACAUGGACGGCGCCCGCGAUCCCAUCAGCAACCUCCGCCGCAAUGCCUCCAACGCAUCCACUCGCUCCCUCCCCAUCCUGCCAAACCGCAACCUCCCACCCGUCACAUCCUCGCUCCCCGGCCCCGCCGUCUCAAUGAACAGCAAACCACAACCACAAGUCCUCCGCAAACCAGCACCGCCGCCGAUACCCAACAAGAAACCCUCGCUGCUGAGCAAGGCUUCGAGUCCGAGUGCCACGCCGCCGCCGCCGAGUUAUCGCGAUGAUCCGGAACCAGGUCCGAGACGAAGUAUGGCCCCUCCGCCUAGUGCGAGUGCGAGGAAACCAGUGCCGAAUCUGAUUGAUGGGGGUGACAGACCGCCUGCGCUGCCGCCAAGGACGGGGACGGGGUUGAGUGGUAGGAGUAAUGGGCGGGAGAGCAAUUUGCUGGACGAUGAGGGGGAUAUGAAGGGGUUGGAUGGGUGGGAGGUGUUGAGGCCGGAUAGGUGAUUGUUAUCAAUCCGGCUGUAAUCAAAAGUUGGAUAGAGGGAUUACACUAUCCUUAUCUAGAUCGUAGAUUCGGUCGGAGACUGCUGGCUCAUUACUACUUUAACAGCCGGUUGAGGACAUGAAUCAUGAGAAUGAUGUAAUCUCGUCAAGAUCUUUCAGAAAAUCAGAUGUACAUAUCGUCAGCGAAGCACAGCGUGAC